AUGACGCUUGUUCUGACACUCUCGCUCCUCUCGUCCUUUCUCUCUCUUCUGCCAACGACAGAGACCGUCCCGAGCUCUCCGACCCCACCCUUCUCUUCUGCGAUGUCGGGCUCCAACUUUCUCUCCUCCGUCUCCACCUUCUUUGGGGGUUCUAACAGCGCCCCUCCGCGGUCACGACCCGCUGCUUCAUCGUCCUUCGGUCAGGGCUACCCAUCUGCGCGUCGAGGACCGUCACAACUCGGAGACGACGCCUGGUCAUUGCCCUACCAAGAAUAUAGCGAUGGCUCUCGAUCCGCCUCUUCGGGCUCGUCCGCCUAUCCUCCAUUGGGAAGCAGAGGUGCCAACGACUCCCUAGCAAACCUAGCCUCUGCGUCUACACACACCCUCGUGCCACCUGGUCGGCCCUCUCUCGCAGAAGCUCGUGGUCCCGCUGGCAUAUCGAUGCCGUCGUUGUCUUUCCCGCCACUGCGUCAGACUUGGGGUCGAAUCUACGACUGGUCGGAGAACCACUACUUUGAGCUCAAGGAUACACUCAAUUGGCCAGCUACCGAGAUGCAAGUGGAAGAACUCGAAAGCGUCAUCGGCUUCCAUCUUCCGGCAGCUGUACGAGACUCGUACCUCUGCCAUAAUGGUCAAGAGCUCGAGUCAAAUCAGUCUUGCAGUGAUGGCAUCUUCUUCGGUCUCGCACUCCUCAGUCUCGAGCAGAUUGCUGAGGAAUGGAAGUUCUGGAGGGCAGUCGAUGAUGAUCCUACCUCGGGAGCAAGUCACGAAGUUCGUCGGUGGCAGAGCAGUUGUCCCGACAAGUGGGUCCGGCCUGAGUACUCGUGUAAAGGCUGGAUCCCACUGAUCACCGAUCACGUCGGCAACUACAUUGGUGUUGAUAUGACACCCUACCCAUCCGGCGGAGGAUCUCCAGGACAAGUCAUCAUCUUCGGUCGCGACUUCGACACAAAGGUGGUCCUGUGGAGAGGAGAAGGCGAGGGCGGAUGGGGCAGAUUCCUGCAGUACGUGGCAGAAGAAUUGGAGAGCGGUGAGAUGUGGACACUGGAGGACAACAGCGGGGGGAGCGACGACGAGGAAGAUGCUAUUGGGUACGAAUCAUACUUCUCUGGUGGAGGAGCUGGCGCUUCCAAGGGCGGUGGUGAUCGUGGUGGAAUGGGAUCGGCAGGGUUCCGAUUGGCAGGUGAAUACAAGGGCUGGCCCGUCCUCGAGGCGUGGGCAGAUAGGUCGAUGCGAUGCUGGGAGGAAGUCGGUCUGCCAUCAGGUAUGCCGAUAGGGCAGGUGGAAGAAGCUCAGCAAUUGGAGCAGGAGAACAUUCAGGCUCCCGGCACGCCCACCGUUAGACUCUCUGCCCCUGACGACCGCAGCGAGGGCAGUAGCUCUGGGCUUCGCAAACCUACACUUGAGGCUGAAGAAGGCGAACCUCAUCCUCUCCAAGCUGGACAAGGACUUGGCCUAGGGCUGCCCACCGACGGACGACCCUUCUCGCCCACCAGUGACAACCAGAUGAAUGAGCGCCGCUUGGCAGACACUUUGUCUCCACCGCCUUCGACAAGCAAAGCGGCCAUCCAGAAGCAAAAGCAGCGUGACUUUAGUGGCUCCUCCUCGGCUACCCAGCGCGAGAGGAGAGCGCCGCCUGCACCAUCUCAGGCUCUGGACCUGCCGACUAUCGAUGACGUCCGAGCUGUCCAUGCGGCCGCCUUGGCAGAGCGAGAGCGUAGCGCCAAUGUGCAGUAC